AUGCCCUCCGACCUGGCCAAAAAGAAGGCAGCGAAAAAGAAGGAAGCUGCCAAAGCUCGACAGCGGCCCAGAAAGGGACAUGAAGAAAACGGAGAUGCUGUCACAGAACCACAGGUGGCAGAAGACAAAAACGAGGGGCUCAAUGGCCAAGAGACCACAGAAGUGGAUUUGCUGUCCAAGGAACUGGAGGACUUUGAGAUGAAGAAAGCUGCUGCUCGAGCUGUCACUGGUGUCCUUGCCUCUCACCCCAACAGUACUGAUGUCCACAUUAUCAACCUCUCCCUCACUUUCCAUGGCCAAGAGCUGCUCAGUGACACCAAACUGGAAUUAAACUCAGGCCGUCGUUAUGGCCUCAUUGGCUUAAAUGGAAUUGGCAAGUCCAUGCUGCUCUCUGCCAUUGGGAAACGUGAAGUGCCCAUCCCUGAGCACAUCGACAUCUACCAUCUGACUCGGGAGAUGCCCUCUAGUGACAAGACACCCCUGCAGUGUGUGAUGGAAGUCGAUACAGAGCGGGCCAUGCUGGAGAAGGAGGCUGAGCGGCUGGCCCACGAGGAUGCGGAGUGUGAGAAGCUCAUGGAGCUCUACGAGCGUCUGGAGGAGCUGGAUGCUGACAAGGCCGAGAUGAGAGCCUCACGGAUCUUGCACGGACUGGGUUUCACACCUGCCAUGCAGCGCAAGAAACUAAAAGACUUCAGUGGAGGCUGGAGGAUGAGGGUUGCCCUCGCCAGAGCUCUCUUCAUUCGGCCCUUCAUGCUGCUUCUGGACGAGCCCACCAACCACCUGGACCUCGAUGCUUGUGUGUGGUUGGAAGAAGAACUAAAGACUUUUAAGCGCAUCCUGGUCCUCAUCUCCCAUUCCCAGGACUUUCUGAAUGGCGUCUGUACCAACAUCAUUCACAUGCACAACAAGAAACUGAAGUAUUAUACGGGUAAUUAUGACCAGUAUGUGAAGACACGGCUGGAGCUGGAGGAGAACCAGAUGAAGAGGUUUCACUGGGAGCAAGAUCAGAUUGCUCACAUGAAGAACUACAUUGCUAGGUUUGGCCAUGGCAGUGCGAAACUGGCACGGCAGGCCCAGAGCAAGGAGAAGACGCUACAGAAAAUGAUGGCAUCAGGACUGACAGAGAGGGUCGUGAGCGACAAGACGUUGUCAUUUUAUUUUCCACCAUGUGGCAAGAUCCCUCCACCCGUCAUUAUGGUGCAGAAUGUGAGCUUCAAGUAUACAAAAGAUGGGCCUUGCAUCUACAACAAUCUAGAAUUUGGUAUCGACCUUGACACACGAGUGGCUCUGGUUGGGCCCAAUGGAGCAGGGAAGUCAACUCUUUUGAAGCUGCUAACUGGAGAGCUUUUGCCCACAGACGGGAUGAUCCGGAAACACUCUCAUGUCAAGAUAGGGCGAUACCAUCAGCAUUUACAAGAGCAGCUGGACUUGGACCUCUCCCCUCUGGAGUACAUGAUGAAGUGCUAUCCAGAGAUCAAGGAGAAGGAAGAAAUGAGGAAGAUCAUUGGACGAUAUGGUCUUACUGGGAAGCAGCAGGUGAGCCCGAUCCGGAACCUGUCUGAUGGGCAGAAGUGCCGGGUGUGUCUGGCCUGGCUGGCCUGGCAGAACCCCCACAUGCUCUUCUUGGACGAGCCCACCAAUCACCUGGAUAUUGAGACCAUUGAUGCCCUGGCUGAUGCCGUCAAUGAGUUUGAGGGCGGCAUGAUGCUGGUCAGCCAUGAUUUCAGGCUUAUUCAGCAGGUAGCACAAGAAAUUUGGGUCUGUGAGAAGCAGACAAUCACCAAGUGGCCUGGAGACAUCCUGGCCUACAAGGAGCACCUCAAGUCCAAGCUGGUGGGCGAAGAGCCCCAGCUUAGCAGGAGGACCCACAAUGUGUGA